AUGGCCGCAGAAAUCGACGAACGGGACCUCAACCUCGCGGCUCGCUCCCCGUACAAUGGGACUGGCAAUUCCGGGGCGAAUCCCCUGGAGUUCAAUGUCAACGUUUGGUACCAGCCGGGCGAUAUAGGAUGGGUUAUUACUGCCACUGCUCUGGUGCUGCUGAUGAUUCCAGGAGUUGGCUUCUUUUACUCUGGUCUCGCGCGACGCAAAUCCGCCCUCUCUCUGAUAUGGCUCUCGAUCAUGUCCGUGGGCGUCACCUGCUUCCAGUGGUUCUUCUGGGGCUACUCCCUGACUUUCUCACACAAUGCCGGCCCUUUCAUCGGUGACCUUGAAAACUUUGGGUUCCGGAACGUCCUGGCACGCCCGUCGGUUGCAUCCGACCGUAUUCCCGAUCUGCUCUUCGCCGUUUACCAGGGCAUGUUCUCCGCCAUCACCGUGGCGCUCGCCACCGGCGCUGUAGCUGAGCGUGGACGCAUGCUGCCCUGUGCCAUCUUCAUGUUUGUCUGGGCGACGAUCAUCUACGACCCUAUUGCGUGCUGGACUUGGAACCCUAGCGGCUGGUCGAGCAAGAUGGGUGGUCUGGACUUUGCCGGAGGAACGCCAGUGCACAUUGCGUCUGGCUCCGCGGCCCUGGCUUAUUCGAUGAUGCUCGGCAAGAGACGUGGGCAUGGAACGCACGAACUCAACUAUAGGCCCCACAAUGUUGCUCACAUCGUCGUCGGGACUGUCUUCCUCUGGGUUGGCUGGUUCGGGUUUAAUGCGGGCUCUGCCUUGGGUGCUAACCUGCGUGCUGUUAUGGCUGCCGUGGUGACUAACCUGGCCGCUUGCGUGGGUGGUAUGACUUGGUGUCUCCUUGAUUACCGGCUGGAGAAGAAGUGGUCUACAGUUGGCUUCUGCUCUGGUGUUGUGGCUGGCCUUGUGUCCAUCACACCAGGUUCUGGAUAUGUUCCCCCAUGGGCCGCUGUGAUAUUCGGAGUUCUCGGGGCCUCGUUCUCUAACUACGCCACAAAACUCAAGUUCCUUCUACGCAUCGACGACGCACUUGACAUCUUCGCUGUGCACGGAGUCGGAGGCUUGGUGGGAAAUAUCCUGACGGCUUUUUUUGCAGCCGACUAUAUUGCAGCCCUUGAUGGAGUCACAAGCAUUGAUGGAGGAUGGCUCAACCAUCAUUGGAUCCAGCUUGGGUAUCAAGUUGCCGACUCGAUCACAGGUGGCCUAUACUCGUUCUGUGGCACUUGUUUGAUCUUGACCAUCCUCAACAGAAUUCCUGGGCUUCAAAUCCGCGCCUCGGAAGAUGCGGAGAUUCUGGGUAUCGACGACGCCGAGAUUGGCGAGUUCGCCUACGACUAUGUGGAGCUCACCCGAGAAGUUCUCAACGAUGUCGAUCACGAAGCCGGAAGCCGUUAUUCGGCUGACCCGAACGCGUACCACAUGAUUGAGAAGCACGGUAUCCCAAUGGUGGAUGCGCGUAUGUUUGGAGGAGGCGCAGGACCAUCACCAGGACCGUCAAUGCCCAUGGGGCAUGGGUAA